GCGCUGCCAGCCUUUAAAAGGUUUGACACCCGGGAGAGGCGAGCGCGGUCGGAAUGCUUCGCCCUGACCCGAGGAGAGCGCGGAGAAGUCCGCUCGCUUUCCCCUGCCGCUGACAGCCCUUUUGCCGAGAGCUCUUUUGUUGCCUCCGCAGCCAAUCAAGGCUUUUUACGACACAGUUCAGUUGGGAUAUAAAAGGAGAGUCCUUCUUUCUUUCCCCCCCUCCUCUCCUUCCCCCAACCAGCAAGUCGCCCCCCCCAUCUCCAACCCCAAAGAACUUAGCGGCGGCGGCGGCGGCGGCACCACCCCCCAAGCACCCAGCAGCUGCAGCCCAUCAUCCCGAGGCCGAGCCAGAGCGAUUGUGCUCCGCGAGAGAAAGGAGCGGGGCUUGCUUGGCUGGGGAGCGAGCGGAGAAGCGCCAGACAUGCCGGUGCCCAAGUCGACCGUCUUCUGGGGCUUCCUGGUCCUGUCCCUGGAGUUCUGCGCGGGCGAGCCCGGCGAGAAGGCGCCCACGGAGGGCGUCCCCCUGGUGACAGAAGCCGAGGACCAGAGCUGCCCGGUGUGUCUUUGGCGCAAGCACAGCAAAGAGAUGAGGCUGGAGAGCAUCAAGUCGCAGAUCCUCAGCAAGCUGAGGCUCAAAGAGGCGCCCAACAUCACCCGCGAGGUGGUGAACCAGCUGCUGCCCAAAGCCCCGCCGCUGCAGCAGAUCCUGGACUUGCACGACUUCCAGGGGGACUCCUUCCAGCACGACGACUACCUGGAGGAGGACGAGUACCACGCCACCACCGAGACUGUCAUCAGCAUGGCUCAAGAAACGGACCCAGUGGUACAGAUCGAAGGCAAUCCACAUUGUUGUUUCUUCAACUUCAGCCCUAAAAUUAUGUUCACCAAGGUAGUAAAGGCACAGCUCUGGGUGUACCUAAGGCCUGUUCAACACACAUCCACAGUUUAUCUACAGAUCCUGCGUCUUAAGCCGGUGACAGAAGAUGGGAGCCGACAUAUCCGUAUCCGCUCACUCAAGAUUGACCUGAAUUCACGCAUUGGCCACUGGCAGAGCAUUGAUUUCAAGCACGUGCUUCAGAACUGGUUCAAGCAGCCUCAGAACAACUGGGGUAUUGAAAUCAACGCUUUUGAUCCCAAUGGCAAUGACCUGGCAGUGACUUCUCUUGGGCCUGGUGCUGAAGGCCUGCACCCAUUCAUGGAACUGCGUGUGCUGGAGAACAACAAACGGUCCCGAAGGAAUCUAGGCUUAGACUGUGAUGAGCACUCAACGGAGUCCCGCUGUUGCCGUUACCCCCUGACUGUUGACUUUGAAGCUUUCGGCUGGGAUUGGAUAAUUGCCCCGAAGCGGUACAAAGCCAACUAUUGUUCAGGCCAGUGUGAAUAUAUGUUCAUGCAGAAAUAUCCCCAUACCCACUUGGUGCAGCAAGCCAAUCCCCGGGGCUCAGCAGGGCCGUGCUGUACACCCACCAAGAUGUCUCCCAUCAACAUGCUGUAUUUCAAUGACAAACAGCAGAUAAUCUACGGCAAAAUCCCUGGCAUGGUGGUUGACAGGUGUGGAUGCUCUUAAACUCCCAGCCUGUUCUGUUCCAUUCUUUUUCCUGUUUCUCCCCCACCCCACCCUGCCCGGAUUCUUGCUUUCGACGAUGCACCCUGACAUUGAUGAAUCCAUUCAUUAGCAUUUUAAAACACGUUUGAAGAGAAAGUAAUUGUGGGAAAAGAACAAAACAAACAGAAUUGUAUCGAAAAUCUCUGAAGUGACAACAUGCGCUGUGCAAUAAUCAAAAUAGACAUCGCAUUAAUGGAGAGUGGAUGAGUUGUCUUGGAUCAAUACUUCCAUUCCUGAGUCAGAUCUGAAACAAGCAUUCUUCUCUCCUCAAGCUCUUUGUUUGACCCAACACUUCUCAAGCUUUACUUUUACUGGCAUUCUCUCUUACCAAGCCCCCCCCCACUUUUCCUCUCUUGAGCUGAGACGCAAAAGUGGUGAUAAAGAGAAAAGUCCAUCAGGAAAAAAAAAAGAGCUGUUCAAUCCAUUUACAAGAACAAAAGCUUCCUUAGGUUGUGAUAAUGUGGAAUAAAAUGCUGUAUGAAGUUAUAGAGAUAAGCACGGGGAAGGGGGGGUUUAAAAUGGAUAUUUUAUAUGAUGAAGAUGAAUGAAAUCUGCCAGCAUGAGGGAUAUGUGCCAUCCUGAAUUUGGGGGAGGUGGGUGGGAGGGAAGGAAGGGAUGAUUUUAGAAGUUGAGGAUUGCUGAACCUGCCUGCCUUUUGAGAGACUGAAUCCCUAAAGAAAUGGGAGGCUCUGAAGAAAUGAAAACUGGAAUUAUUUGGAAUGCUUUUGCGAGUUGCAUGAUAGCAAGAAAAAAUAAUGAAAUGGAGGCAUAGAUGGGGAGGGGGGUUAUGGAGGAAUUAUCUAAAUGGAGGAUAAAAUGUUAAUUUUAGCUGCCUUGUAUUCACAUACAACUCUUUCUUUUCAAUAUCUUUAUAUAUAACCUGAGCAAUCUUUCUCCAAAAGUCAUUAUUCUUUAGCUUCCUUUUUUUAAAAAGAAAAUUGAGAAACUAAUUCAGUGAAUUUAAAUUACCUAUUUCCAUCCUCAACCCACCUUUGAGGUAGUGUUAAAAAAAAACCCACAGAAAGGGUAUUGUCCAUGUGAGGAUAAAGAAUUUUACUUACAGAACAGAAAUCUCUCCAGGCAGGAUGAAGUUAAGAAAAUUUAUUUAUUUAUUCCUGGCAAUAGAAUCUUUUUUUCUGUGUCACUUUUGCUUAAUAUUCCAAUGAGGAAAAAUCAUAUAUAUACAUGUAUAUAUGAUAGAAUUGGUAAUUUUUCUUUAUCAUUUGUAGAACUCAACUAGAUCCAUCCAGUUACUCUGGUUAUGUACAAUAUUUUUCUACUGGCUAAUAUUGACAUAUCAAUAUCUUUGAAUAAUAGGAUGUGUUGCUCUGUACUGUUCCUUUUCCCCCUUCCUAACAUUUUAAUCCUUUUUAAAUUAAUUUUAAAUGCACUUAUAUAGAGAUUUAAUUUCCAGCUUUCUUUGAUGUUGUAGUAUGACUUUCCUUCACCUAACCAAAUAAUACCAUCCAAUUCUGCUUCUUUCUAAAGCAGCAAAAUCCAGGUAACAUAAGAGAAUUAAAUUAAUAGGGAAUGCUUUCUAAAUAGAACUCUAUUGAUGCCAUAGAUUGAGUUAAUUUAACUGAAGUGUUGCUGUUCUGUUUUCAAGAGUUUGUUGAAAGUAGACAGAAGAUAAUUAUCCUUCAAGUGACAAAGCCUUAGCCGUAUAGCCAGAAUACAGUAAUUGCAAUCUUCAAGUUUGUAUAACUCAGAUAGGAUUUCAGAUACAGAAGAUAGAAGCUUUUUGUCAGAAUCUCUAGCAAGACCAAUUGUAUGGGACCAGGAUAACAAAUUGCAUCUAGAUGUUAGCACUUGCUGUUUCCUACUAUUAGGAUUAAUUACACGUCUCAUAAUUCUCAGAAUUGAAGAAGAGGGGGAGGUAAAGGUUAAAAAUUAUUAAGACACUAAUUAUUAUUUACAUUAGUGAUAAUCAUGGAGUCAAAGUAUUCAAAGGUGGUUUUUCCAGGCAACUGGGUAAUGUUGCAACCUGGACCACAAAUAAGUGAUCCAUUAUUAGAGAUUGUAAUCCAGCAUGUGAACUAGAAAACAAAAUGUUGCUGUUUGACAAUGACCUGUGUCCAGUCAUUCCCUGCUGAUUCUCUAUUUGCGCAGGAAACAAAAGUUUGACAAGUUUGGCAUAGGAAAAAUCAGUUUUUUCCAAUUGUGGAUAGCAGUAGCCAAAUUAUGAAUGAACCACCAAAAUAUUAUUUUCAAAGAUUGAAGCACUUUGGCAGACGGGAUGGCAUAUCUAACAGACUUUGUAUUUUUUGGAAGGAUCACUUUCUUUUCUUAAGUAGAAGUAAAAAAAAAAUAGGCAAAACAAUGAAUAGCAACUUUGCAAUGAAUCAGCUUUCCCUCUCCUGAUUCAUUGUCACAUUUGGAAUGUUAGACCAAUUCCUUUCUAUUUGUGAGGUCAAAGUAAGGAUUGUAUUAAUGUGAGACUUUGCUGUUGCAGUUUUCAUAAUAUUUGUGCAAUGAAAUUGGAAUGAAGACUUUGUAAUUACUUAACUGAAAAAGGAAAUAUGUGACAGGCAAGUGAGAAUUAAAUAGGCCUUUAGUCUUAAGGCAUCAAACUGGAAAAACACUGGGACUUAAACUGCUCAUACCAUUGUGGCGUCUUGAUUUCCCUUUUGCUAUUUUCCUGACAGUAUGAAAUCAGGAUCCCUGUUUCUUCAGAGUUCAACUGUUCCUGCUGCUUUAGGGCUUGUUUCUCUACUUUCGGCUUGGGCUGUCUAGGGAGCUGCUGUGUUGUAUGAUGCAACCCUUCAGAAAUGCCUGUCAUAGGUCUGGAACCCAAGUGCUGAGGUGAUGGACCGGAGGGGAGUCUGGCAGGUCUGGCGCCAAGAAUUUAGUCAAGAUUUUCAGCAUAGACAAUUUUGAGCCAACCAACUAGCUUGCCAACACGACAGCUGCUCUAUUGUAAUCAAACAACUAAAAUAUGCCCUUUAAAUUUUUCUGAAGUCCCUUCCACAAAAGUACUGGUUUUGGAUAAGAUGGGUAUUAAUAAAUGGGGAAGAAGAGUCAACCGAGAUUGUCAGGAAGAAAGAUUAUUUUUCUAGUUUCUAGCACUUAUUGUAUAUUAAGUUGAGGAUCUCGGCACUCAGGUAGAUUUCUAUGUAGAUGACAACUUUGGUUCUUUUGUAGACAAACUCAUACAGCUUUGAUUUCUUUCUUGAAAGUUCCAUAAUACUAAAGCAGCAAAGAAGGCAUGGAUGGAUUUUGGAUUGAGGAUAUAUAAGGUGAAAUUCUGCACCCCCAAAACAGACUCCCACCUCUAUUCUAUUGAUAGGGAGUUUAACACUGCUCAAGUUGAGCAGAAUCUUAGCACUUCUCAUGGGUUAAAUCCUAAAUCUUAAAAGAAGGGAACAGUCGCUUACCCAAAUGGCACAGAGAACAAACUCUCCUGGCCCUUUCUGAGCUGUACUGCUUUUCCUCCUCUAGCACUUAUAGAUUGAAGCGCUUCGCUCUCUUUCAAAGCACUCAUCAAACAUGCCUUCUCAGCUUAACACUGGCUAAAUUACCCUAACUUAUUAAUAGCAGAAAUGGAGAGUUUUAAACACAUAGAGAACAACAGCUCUGCAACUAGUAGCCUAUGAGGGCAUUCAUAGCUGGAAUACUUAAUUUUUCAAUAGCUUAGAAUCUUUUUAAAAAGAUGGCUAAUAGGGUUUAGUUGGGGUCGGGGUGGGGGGGUUAUAUCUCUUAUCUCAGUAUUUGUUACCUGCAUUGUUUAGUCUGCAUUCUUGUCAUUUAUCAGGCCCAUACAAAGAUUUAGUGUCUUCUUGAGAAAGAAAUUAAAUAGUUUCUUUUGUAAUGUGCUGCCAAAUCCCCACAUUUGGACUACCAGCAGUGCGAAUGACAUAUAUAUGACAGUUUUAACAUUUUAGACAAAGGGAAAAAUGUGCAUAAAUCUUGAAAUGUGAGAUUUGUCUUAAAAAUUGGAUCCUAGCAACCUUUAUUAUUUGUCUUAGUAUUUUUCUGAAUGAAUUCUGAGUAUUUGCUAUUUAGUAAUGUAGAAUAAUACCACUGAUUUAUUUUUCAAUUCUUGUCCUAUUAUUAUUUUUUUCCAUCUUUGUGAAUGAAUACAAAAUCUGCAAAUAACUGGUAUUUCAACCCUCCUCUGAAGUAUUAUAUUGCUCUGGGAAUUUAUAUUGAGAAAUAGCAAGACAUACUUAACUAACAAUCCUGCAAACAUGUAAAAUUCUCUGCAUUUUAGUUUCUUGUUUUGCAACAUAUAGUCUACCUUUCAACUCUUAUUGGACUUGGCAUAGAAACAGGCAAUUCAGAGAAAAUGUGAGAGGGCUUUUCUCAAUAAACAUGGCAUAUUAAGAGAUACUGUACUGCUUUCUCUCUGAAUAGAACAAGGUACAUGUUGCAUAGCUUGUAAUUCAAGUAGCUAUGGUACUCUGUAAAGAAUUAGCAACAGAACAGAAAUUACUUUCCUUUACUAAACAAUAAUCCCUACAUAUAUCUAGGCACAACUUUUUCCCUUUUAAGUCAAUCCAUAAUACAAAGAUAUAUUUUUAAUUUUCUAGCAGUGAUUAAAAAGGUAUAUCUUGUACAAAAAACUUCCUCACAACUACUGACCCCAACAAUUUGACAAAUCAAACGUUGCUGAUGAUUUUAUUCAUAUGUUUGUGUGUGUGUGCAUAUAUAAACACAUUCUCUAAAAGCCUAGAAUAUUUGAUGUAGAAAUGAAAAAUGAAUGACUUCCAAAUCUUUAUUCAGUCAAGCAUUUUUCUUCUAAUAUUAUAUCAGCACUGUCAUUCACAAAAGGUGCCUUUUGAUAUUUUACAGACAGGGCACAUAGCACACACAAUCUUUCAUUUUGAUUCCAUGAAAGCAACAUUCGAGAUUUAACAUUUCCUGGCUAAAGUUUGAAAGAGUGCAGAUAGUAUUUCCUGACCAUGGAUUUAAGUAGGUUUUUCUACAGUUGGAAAUAGCAAUGUGCAAAUUUAUUUGAGACAGGAAAUUCAUUAAUCUACCUCGGUAACAUGCUUGAGAGAAAUUCUUUUUAUUGUAGUAACCUUUUUUCCUAUCUAAUAUCUAGUAGGCCUUAGUUUCAACCAUUCACCAUGACAAAGAACAUCUCAUCAAGAAGCCCAACAAAAUGCUCUUUCCUUAACCAUUUCUCCAUAUCUCGUGGGGAAAUGGGCAGCAAACAAUUUAAUAAAUAUUUUUUUUUUAAAAAAAAUUUUUUUGGUUGAUUCAGAGAAGGCACAUUUGUGGCUAUGGUUAUCAGAUUCUUAACUUUAUUCCUCUUUCAGACAGAGAUAUGGCACAAUGCCACAUACUUUAGUAUGCACAAGUCCUUCCUUGCUAUAAACACAGAGAGUAGAAAUGCAUGAGAGGGCUAUUUUUUAAUACCUGCAAUUUUUUGUUGGUAACUUUGCUAAACUACAAGGAUGGAACUCACACACACACACACACACACACACACACACACACACACACACACACACACACACUGUGAAAACUGAAGAUAGUAAUGAUCAAACUGGACCUCUAACGGUAAGAUUUACAAAUGAGUAUUUUCCAAUGUCCAAUCAAGAAAAAGUUCUGCCCUAUUUUGUUGGCAUGCAGGGGAAAGAGGCUGAAUGUACUGUACUACAACAAUUUUUAAAAAUACCUGAAAGAACUGAAUUAUUGUACAUUCUUAAGCCAAUUUGUUGAAGCUAGUUACUUGGACUGUUACAAUUCUAAAUAGCUUAUUAAAUACCAAAACUUUCCAUUCUGCUAAUCAGAGGGGACCAUUAAGACACCAUAAGCACUGAAAGCAAAGGCUUUGCUUUGUCUUAUAGGUAAGCCACUUCAACCUGUUAUGGCUAAUGUGCAUCAUGAUGAAGAGAGAAUAUUCUACUUGAAUUUUACAUGCAAAGAUAUACAUCAUAGUGGAGCAAAUAUGAUUUGCCCUUUUGUCCAUCUAUUAGUACAGUUAGUUAGUUAGUCUCUUUAGUAAUAGUUCCCUACUGGCGCAAAGGUCCAAUGCCAUCUGGGAUUCUUUUGAGACAUGCAAAUUGAUCCUAUGAAUGUUUACUUAGAUAUAAACCAUGUUAUUUCAGUGGCACUUAUUCGCAAUAAGUGUUUAGGACUGCAGCCUUAGGCAGCAAUGAUACAGCCCAUACUAUUGUAUAAAAACAACUCUGUAUCUGAAAGAUCAUAAUUUCCUGUUCAAUGCUGACUAACAUUUACCGGCCACAUUAAAUAUAACAGACUGAAUAGCUGGGUAAGUCUUUCCUGAACUAUGGAUGCUUUCUUUCUGGGAUUUGGGUGGUUUGAUUCCCUGCUUCUUCUACUGCCCAAUGGUGCUAAACUAGAAAGAUAAGAUCCAAUUUAUCUGCUACUAAUAGGUCUUUCUAAUGGGAUAGUAUUUUGCUUUGGGUAAUCUGACUCACAAAAGGCAGACAGGCAUAAUUGUUUCUGGAGGUGUGCUUGUAAAUAUCAGUCCUGCAAGUAUAUUAUUAUUUACUUUGUUUAUAUUAGUGUCCAUAAAUGUCAUAGAAGGAUGUGUGAGAAUAAGUAUGUGUGUGAGUGGACGCAUAAUGUGCCUGCGUGUGUGAGUUGAAGAAAUGAGACUGAAGAUGAUAACAUGGGCUAAGUUUUGUUUAUUUUAAUCACAUGUCCAAAAGGCCAUUCACUGGUUAAGAUUGUGUUUAUGUUUGUUUGUUUUGAUGACAUGACCAAACACAGCACUUGAACAUCAAAAAUAAAAAUUUAAAUAUUAAAAAUAUAUAUUAAAAAAAAAAAGAGUUCAGAGCUUUUCACUCCAGCCCAGCACCUGGGAUAUACAUUGCUGUCAUUUUAACCUUUCUAGGCAGAAGCUUAUUGGUUGUCUUAAACAGAAGAGGCUGCCAACUAGGGAAAACAGAGAUUCCAAGGGAAAACUGAUCCUACGACAGCAUGUUAUGAUGCCAUAUAGUAAUUUUGGUUGGGAAAAGGUACAAGGUGGUUUUGGGCCAUAGCAGACAUUAUUCAACAGGGAUGUUGAAUGUUGUACUUUAUCAGUGAAUUCAUUCACACCUCCUCACCAUCACCCUGACCUGCUGCCUUUUUCUACAAAAUGGAUGCUGGUUCACUUUGGAAGUAAUAUAGGCAGUCCCAUCAGAACAUAUGGAAGCCUCAGAGACUUUGCAGGAGUGAAGCAAAGCACCUGGACUUAAAAAUGUUGAAUGUUCACUGUAAAAAUUUCUGUACUGAGAGACUGCUUUGGGCUAAGGUACCAUUUGCACUAUGGAAGGUUAAAGAAAUUUUUUAAGAGAAUAGGAGGGGUUUCCCCUUUUAUGAUACACCCUAGAACUGAAGAGAUACUUUUAUGUCUGUGUUUUCUCUUUUUGUAAAGACAGUAUGCGAGGACUAGUAUGUAUGAAUUUUGAUGUAGCUCCCUCUGAGGAAGGAAAUUUGCUAAGUAGUUCUGCAAACAUAACAAUCAUAUGUUUUACCUAACUUCCAAGUCACAAAGUGUUUUGUUACCACUAAAUCCAACUUUAAUAGGAUUAUAUUUUAGUUCUCCACAGAUUGUAUUUAGGUAAACCAUACUAUUACAUCUUUCUGAAAACCCUAAAUAAUUAAAGAAAUAGCCAGUUAAUGUCCAGCUAGGCUUUGCUUUUGCUGAGUUGUCAUGGAUGAGAGAGAAGACUCUAUGAAAUCAUUAGUCUGGAAGAAAGGGCUAAAGCUAACGUUUACAAUAACUUACUGCUCCUAAAUUAUUAGGAAAUCAGGAGUAAAAAAAAAUGCACCCCUUUCCUUUUUUGCAACGAUACUUUUUUAAAAAAUAUUUCAAUAUACAUCUAGUACUUAGGACUCCUGAAACCCUUUGCAGAUUUCUUCACCAAAUCUGGUGUAAUUUUAAGUUACAUUGGUUUACCUAUGUGUCUCAUCAAAAGAAGAGGGCUUCUCAUUCAUCGGUGUUGCGAGUUUUAAGUGAUAUGUUUAAAGUUUUACAGAAUUUAGGAAAUGAAGGAAAUGCUAAAGGCAUAAGAAGGAUCAUGUGGUUUAAUACCAAUUUAUAUUUUAAAAAAGCACUAUAGUCUUGUUAACCUCUUGCUGAUAUUUUUUAAGUUACAUUUUUUUCAUAUUUCCAUCUUAUUUGUCACUGUUGAAAAUCUAUUUCUUAAAUGUCUUCAUUGCAUUUAUGAAAUGCAGAAAAUUCUUGUUGAUUUCAGUUAAAACAAUGAUUUAUUUAUGAAAUUAAUAUGACAAAUGUUAUACUAGAAAAACGGUUUUCCGGUUUAGCCGGAAAAUGUUCCCAACUAUUAUUCAGUUCCAAAAAUGAAAAAUAUGCUAAUUCUGCUCAAUAGGGUUUAUUGAGUAUGAACAUAGGAAUUAAACUGAGAUGGCACUCAUUUAUAAGGAGAUCAGAACUGGUAAUUUUAACAACUCUUCUUUCAUACACAUAUUAGAAAAAAAAAAUUAGAGGAAAAAAUACUGCCUUGGCUAUUUCUCUUCAAUGUUGUAUAAACUAAAUUUGUCCUGUAACAAAUGGCUCUAGUCUGUUAAUUAUAUCAUAAUCAUUGCUUCUGUUCCAAUUUCUCUUUGUCCUUUUAUAGAUUUUUUUGUACAAUAAAUAUAUAUAGCAAAAA